CUGAGUUUUGGCUCUAUAUCCAUUAUAGACCACAAACUAAUAUGAUUUGAUUAUAUUACAUUUUGUUUUCUUCUACUGCUGUUUAUUAACUAUGGAGCUAGUUCAGAUAUUUGUACUAGGUUUUGCGCUUUUCGGAAUAUUGUGUAACGCGACGAGGCGCACUCUACUGAAAUACCAUACAGACCGCUCUGGAGAACAUAAUCACGAAAGCUCCAAUUGCAUUUGCCUACCAAAAGUCGAGAAUGCUCAACUAUUACCUGACUUGAUAGAUCCUAAAGGUGUUGGUAUAGAGAGGUUGGUAAUUUAUUUCUAUAUAAACCCACAGACAUAUGAAAUAACUGCAUAUACACCGAAUGUAGAAAAGCAGCUAAUUUUUCCAGACCUACCCUUAGAUGUGGGUGAUAAUUUGGUACCGGUUAAAUCCGACGAGAAUGUAAUUAAUUUUGUGAUUUUCAAUCCGAAUAAAGUGGUAAGGACUACAGUUAGACAUGAUCCUAAUAAUGUAAUGGUUAAUGAAAAUCCCAGUGAUUCAAUCACAAAUGUACCAAAUAUUCCAAAUAUUAGCGAAAUGCAUUCUAUCGAUACACCGAAAGAUCUCAAUUUUCCUGCUCUUGAACCCAUAGUAGACGGUAUUAUCAAUACCCCGAACGCAAUAAAUGGGGUCAUAUCACCUGGAAGUAAUGAGGAAAUACACAUUAGACCUGAUACAAAUAUUAAAAUAAUAGACAUUAAUCAACAGAAGCCCAAUACACAAAAUCUGGUGAAUCAGUUACUGCCAACUCAAGAACCUGUUAUUACACUACAAAAUAUUAACGAAGUCCCACUAAAUAAUAUUUUAGAUGGGUGGCAAACAGACUCCAUAAAUAAUAUAUUUAAAUGGAAAGGUUACGUACUAAAUGACAUGGACCAUCAACCAGCUAUAGAUAUUCAAAAUGUUCAAAGGCCUGGCUAUUUGCAAUUCGAUCAAUGGUUCCAGCAACAAAUGAACUCCCCUUUGAAUAAGGAAAACAGCAUCAACUUCCCUGAUGAUAAUGUUUUGAAAAGUCUUGUGUAUAAAAAUCUUUUCCAAAAAGGUAUUAUUUCUAUGGACAACGGUAUAUUGAAAACUCAUCAAGGAGACACGUUAAAUCUUUCCAAUCUCAAAUUGCAACCAAUUUUAGUAGGACUUUUAGAUUAUAACUAUCCCACGACGGGAGUUCGAAAUAAAAUAGUUCCCCCAUAUUAUGACGCUAUGGCAUUGUACAUGAAUCAUCCUCAGAAAAUUCUUGGUAUAAUUCCAAUGAGCUCAGAUUACAGCCCUAAUUCUAUAGGUUAUACUAGUAUGAAUGUCAAAAAAAUAUUUCCUAAUGUGGUAUCUUCUAGACUUCUAAAAACUCACUGCAUUAAUGGCAAAUGCUAUACCAGUACUAUGGCUAAAGACUUUCCUUUGAGAUCCGGUAAACCUGAGAAGAAAGAAAAAGCUCAUGAAGAUUCUGAUGAAGGACGAUCUACUCAAGACGCAGAUAAAGAAAUUAUAAAGAUUUAUCGCGGUACUGGUAAUCAAUUAGGCUACUUAAAUAUUAAUCAAUUAGAAAAUAUAAAUAAAAGAAAAGCAAAACGCAUUCCGGUUGCAACCGAUCUUUUGUCAAAACUAUACGGCAUUAUGCUGGGUGAAGAGGCUGAUAGGAAAGCUGGUAAGAAGACAAGUCCAUAUGAAGUCAGUGCUAUAGAAGAUGAAGGACCAGACUUCAGGAUCGUAGGUGGAAGUGCAGCCACAGGAAGUGGAACACCAGUAAGCAGUAGGGGCAGAUCGGUAUUUAAUUAAAUUUUCAUUUUUAUUGUAUAGAUUUAAUUAUUAUGUUUGUGGGCUAUCAACGACUUGGUUUGAAUAAUGGCAUUGGAAAAUAUUUAAAUAUACUUUCGGGUUUUGGCAGCA